ACUCAUUGCUCAUCGCUCACCGUACUCAGCCCCUGCUUACCAUACCCCUUAAGGCUGGUUUCAUUGGUGAUACUUGCCCUGUGUGACUCUUAACCCUGGUGUUGUCUCCUGCACUCCUCUCUCAUCUCCUCGACCACAGGUCUCUCUCUCACCCGGUUUCACCCAUAGUCUGACCCAUAUUCUAUACAAGUGUCUUGUCUCGUCCUUCGGGAGAUAACUUCAGCCUCCCCCACUGUUGUAACCGAGCAUUGAAUUCCAGACCACCGGCGUCGGAUAGUACACCUUUAUUUACUCAUCGGAAAAUCACAUAAAGACAAUUCGUUUCCUCCCAUACUCUUCAUGCUCUCCAAGCUCUCAAGACCACCCAGACCGAGGCCCAACCUCAUUUGCCUAGUACAGUCUGCAAACAUGGCCACCAGUACUGCCACUCAGGCUCCGAUUGCUCAACAUGUGGGCAGUCUUGCCGCAGUCACUUCCCCUACGACUGCUCAUAUCCCUCACCACCACAAACCCAAGCACAAUCUUCCAGCUGCUCAUGUUCCCAACAGAGCAGCCCAUUUCGACACCUCUCUCUCCAUCCCAGUCCGCAAGUACCUUCAGACGUACGGCCUGACUCCUCCUCGAGCCGAGAGUUAUGAAGUGCAGAAGAAGAGAUGUUUGGCUCAAUUGGCCCUGAAGACCACAGAUAUCGAAAGGUUUCUGUACUUGAGCACUCUGAGAUACAACAAUGUGCACCUCUUCUACCGGUUGUUGACGGAUCAUUUCACGGAGUUGACACCCCUGGUAUAUACUCCCACUGUCGGGGAGGCAUGCCAAAGAUGGUCAGAGAUCUACCAGCAGCCGGAAGGUAUGUACCUGAGUUUCGAAGAUAGAGGACAUCUUUCCACCAUCAUACAAAAUUGGCCUCAGCAGAACGUCGAGAUCACCGUCGUCACAGAUGGCUCUCGCAUUCUGGGCCUGGGUGAUCUUGGUGUUGGUGGUAUGGGCAUUCCUAUCGGCAAGCUGGCUCUAUACACGGGCUGCGCUGGUAUCCGACCAGAGGGUACCCUACCCUUGACUGUGGACCUGGGAACAAGCAACAAAGCAUUGCACGACGACCCACUUUACUUAGGCAGCCGGAGAGACAAGGUGACCGCAGCGGAAGAAGCGGAGUUUCUUGACGAGUUGAUGGCGGCCCUGAAGGAGCGUUGGCCUGACAUCGUCAUCCAGUUCGAGGACUGGAAGAAUCCUUUCCCUGCGCUCGAACGUUAUCAACAGGACUAUGCCAUGUUCAACGAUGACAUUCAGGGCACUGGCGCUGUGAUUAUGGGCGGUAUUAUCGGUGCUGUCAAACAAUCUGGCAUCUCUCCAAAGGAUCACAGGGCUGUCUUCCUGGGAUCCGGCUCGGCUGGUGUUGGCGUUGCCAAACAGAUUGUGGACUACUUCAUGCACGAGGGUUUGACUGAGGAAGAAGCCAAGUCAUGCUUCUGGCUUGUGGACAGCAAGGGACUCGUUACGCAAGAUCGCGGAGACAAGCUUGCUGAGCACAAGAUCUACUUCUCUAGAACCGACAACGCUGGCCAACAAUUCAAGACCUUGAGUGAGGUUAUUGACUAUGUCAAGCCAACAAUCAUCAUGGGUCUCAGCACCAUUGGGGGAGCGUUUACCCCGGAGAUCCUUCAGAGGAUGGCCAAGUGGAACGAAAGACCAAUCAUCUUCCCACUCUCCAACCCAUCUUCCAAGUCUGAAUGCACUUUUGAGGAAGCGAUUGUCAACACAGACGGUCGUGCUCUGUUUGCUUCGGGCUCACCAUUCCAGCCAGUCAUGUACAACGGCAAGAUGUAUCAUGGUGGGCAAGGAAACAACAUGUAUGUCUUUCCCGGCAUUGGUCUUGGAACGAUCCUGUCCAAGUCUGUGCAGGUGACAUCGAGCAUGAUCUAUGCAUCUGGCGAAGCGCUGCCAACCAUGAUCACCGAAGAGGAGAAGCAGCUCGCUCUUCUGUACCCUUCAAUCAAACGCAUCCGAGAUGUCAGCGCCCGGGUGGCUCUGCAUGUCAUUCGUGCUGCACAGAAGGACAACGUUGAUCGCUUGCACCACCUGCGUGAUAUGGACGACCAGACCUUAGAAGCUUGGAUCAAGGACAAGAUGUACGAUCCUCAUAAGGAAACCCAAGAACUUGAGAACGAGGUCCGAGAUCUUGUUGUGGAUUUCGCUGCAUCUCCAAGGUUGUAGUUUUAGCUAGUUUACAUGGAUACCCUUUUAGCUCUUUGA